AUGUAAUAUUAAAAUGAAUCUGAACAAAUAAAUAGAAAGCAAUAAUUAUUGAGGAGGGAAAUAUAUGAUAAAGGGUAUGAUUGCUAAGCUUUUUAAGAUUAUAUGGAAUAACUAAAAGUUAAUGGUAUUCAUAACUUACUUAAUAUUUAGGUGGAUAGGAUGUAAACAUAUGGACUUAUCAGGAGCUUUAAGAAGCAAUAAGUUUAUUUUAGACAACAAAUCAACCAUAAAUGGAAACUAUUGAUUUAGACGAUGUAUCUUGCAGAUAAUCAGAAUUUAAUGAUCAAGUAUAAUUCGAGGCUUAGAGCUAAGAUGAAUAAUUACCAAAAAUUUAACAAGAUCAAUAGUGGCAGAAUUAAAAAUAAUAAUGUCAAACAAUAUAAAAUGAUAUACAUGAAGAAAUUGUUGCUAAACCAUCUGUUGAUAAUGACAGAUUUUAUUAAAAAAUCCAUUUAUGUAAAUUAUAAGAUAAAAAAAUGAUACUUACUGCUAAGGAAAUUAAUGUCUCAAUCACAAAAUUUGAGAAAAUUCAAGGAGGUUUACUAUCAGCUUCUUAUUAUAUAUAUAUUAUAAAUACAGAACCAAUUGGUUGGAAUGUUUAAAGAAGAUAUAAUGAUUUUUUGUGGCUAAGAGAAGUGUUAAAUAAAAUAUAUCCUGGUCGAUAUGUAUCAUAUUUUAUUAAAUAGAUUCCUCCCUUACCAAAAAAAACUGUGUUGAAAAAUGAUCAAGAACUAUACUUAAUUAAAAGAAUGAAAUUUUUAGAAGUAAAGAAGUUUAAAUUAUAUCAUAGAAAUUUCUUUAAUGUUUGUUUCAAAGUGAAUUGAUCAGACAUGAUAAAUGGUUUUAUGCUUUUUUAUCAAUAAAAGAAGAAAAAGAUUUUAAACAUAUAUAAAAAUUGAGCACUCAAUUAUCAAGAGUGACAAAAUUGGAAUAAAUUAUUUCUUUGGAUGGAUAAGUUUAAUUAUAAAUUAAUGAUAAUCUAGUUACAUAUAAUCAUGAAUCGACUUCUUUGAUAAAUUAGAUUGAUUUAAGUUAUAAAAAAUUAAGAAAGGAGUCUAAAUAAUUAUUGUUAGAUUUUGAUCAACUAUCAAAUACUAUUUAUAAUAUGGGAUAAACCUGCACAGAUCUAUAUUAAUUUUCAAAUAAGUUUAAUUAAUCAAUUUCAUAAGGGAAAAUUUCAAAAUUGGAUAUUCUUUAUAUUUCAAUGAAUAAUAUGUUAGUAUAAUGGGGGAAUAAUUUAACAGCUUAAAUUAAAAUUGUUCAAGAAGAACUGUGUUCUUUUUUCAAAUUUCAUCAUCAUUCAAUUACAUCCUUAAAAGAAGUAACUAAAAUUAUCAAAAAUAGUUCAUUAAAUAAAAAGAGUAGGCACAAUAGGAAUAUGAAAAAUUUAAAUCAAAAUUGGAGUUAAAGAAACAUAAACUAUUUACAUAAUAAGAUUUUAAUAGAUGGGAAGUACCAUCGAUACAAAUUAAAGCCUUACAGGAUAGCAAUUUAACCUAAAACAGAGAGGUUUGUUUAGCUAUAAUGUUGCCUUAAGAAACUACUUUAUAGGAAGAACUUAAGAACAUUUUUGCCUUUUAUAAUUAUUAAUAAUUUUCAGAAAUUGAUAGCCAUCUUGAAAAUACAGUGACAUUUUUUUCAGAACACUUCAUAAAAUUUUGCAGUUUAUAAAAAGAAAUGCUUGCUGAAGUACUACAUAAAUAUAAUUAUUUAGCAAAAAUUAGUAUGGGACAAAAGCAUUGUCAAUUUUAAUAAUUUACACUAUCCACAAUAAAUUAUAUUAAAGAAAACUUGA